CUUAUUUUCUCCUAAUAUCAAGGAGGCUUGACAUAUUAAAAAGGAGUACUAGAUUUCACCAUGACCUUUCCUCUUAAAAGUUCAGCUCUCUCUUGAGUGUAUAAAUUAAGGUGAGAUUAGAGGGGUUGUGAGGACACUCCAGCAUAAGUUUUGCAAAUGCUUUGAUACAAAUUCAUGAAGCACUAGCAGGGUUUUCGGAAACCAAUUUCAUCUCCACUUUGAACAGCUAGCUUAGUCUCUCAGGCAGCACACAGGAUAUACAAGACGCAAACCCUCCCAUUGAAGUUGGUCUGACUUAGCUCGAGAGUUUUAUAAUUCUGUGCAACUCAUAAAAAAAUCCAUCAUAACAGUGCAACGGCUGUCUGAAAUUUCUGCAGCUGGAAAGCUAUAACACCUUGCGGAACUAAAUUGAUAGAAUCCCUGUAAAGUUAAGUACCUAUUCCCAAUGGACUUGAAAGCUAUAUCAUGGGUUGGAAAUAUAUACCAAAAAUUCGAAACUAUGUGUUUGGAGAUGGAAGAGGCUAUGUACCAGGACACUGUUAAAUAUGUUGAAAAUCAGGUGAACACUGUUGGUACAAAUGUCAAGAGAUUCUGUUCUGAGGUGAUGCAAGAUGUUCACCCUCAAUGUAAUAUUGAUCCUGUGAAAGUCGCAGCUGCUGACUUGUCUCUGAACCCAUAUGCUCACUAUGAAAUUGACAAAAAGUUGAAAGCAAAUCAUAAAGGAAGUGCCACAGAUUUUAGUAACAAAUUAAAUGAUGACACUCAAGUGAUCAAGGGGAAAAGCAAAAGUGGAGGAGUCUAUAAACGUCAAAAUGUCGGACUCAAAGAAAUUGUUAGAGAUAGCCAUCUAGCUAGGAAGCCUGAUGCUAUCUGUCUUGCAUCAGGGGAUGCACUAAAAUUAUCUUCAAGUGCUGAGUUUAGGAAUGGUUUUGAAUUGGCAUCUGACCAUGUGACCCCGACUUCAGCCCUGGCCUCAGUUAAAGGAUCUGACUCUGGAGAAGCAGCAAGUAAAGUUCGCAAUCUCAUUAUACAAACUAAUGUGCCUGCAGCUGAUACUUCAAUUACUUCUGAGGCUUCUGUCAUGACGUCAGUUGAAUCUGUUGGGAAGAAGCAAACAGAUACAUGUACAAGGGAGUUAUCUUGUAAUACAAGAUCCGAAAAUAGCAGUAAUGUUCGGAAUAAUUUAGCUAAUGAGGAGAUCAAUGAGUCUCAUGAAGAAAAAUCAGAUAAUUUGUCUUCUGCUAUGUCGAAGUAUGACAGCAUUGAGUCAGAAUUAGAAAUUGUUGAGAAAUUUGAUGAAUCCCAGUUGGAGGAAACAUGUGUCCUGGUUGAAGAUGACAGGAUUCAUAUUCCACAUGGUCCUGUCAAACAGAAGUCCUAUAAGAAGAAGCUUCGGGAAGCUUUCUCCACGAAAAAGAGGUUGACAAGGAAAGAGUAUGAACAACUUGGAGCACUAUAUGGAGAUCAACAAUUCAACCUCGAGGCUGAGGACAAGGUGAUGCCUGUUCUUGCCAUGAAUUCAAACACAAAAAUGUUGUCUGCUAAUGAUCAUCCUGAAUCUGAGUGGGAGAUUUUAUAGUUCUGAUGAUGCUGUAAAUAGUAUUGUUGCUUUUCCAAUCAAUCCAUGGCGUCCUAGAGAGUUAUAUUAAUAUGCAUUAUCCGCUUAUAAAAUUGCAUAAAGUAUCAGCAAUCCGUUCCUCUAGUAGUGCUAGCCAGUAAAUAAUACGUAGUGGUACCUUGAAGAAACCAACCCAUAUAUGAGGUAUGGCCAUCUUGUAGCCAAUCUUGGCAAUCUCAUGAAUUAACAUAUAUAUGAAAACUUUUUACAUUGUUUAAGCCUA